AUGAGUCCUCUUUUCUUCCUGGCCACUCUUUGCGUGGGGGUGGUCUCGGCGGCUCCAACGCAUGAUCCCAGUUUGGAUGCUGAAUGGCAUGAAUGGAAGACAAGACACGGGAAAACAUACAUCACGCACGAAGAAGGACAGAAGAGAGCGGUGUGGGAGGACAACAGGAAGGUGAUUGAGCUGCACAACGAGGGCUACGCCAAGGGAGUGCAUGACUUCAGCAUGGAGAUGAACGCCUUCGGGGACUUGACCAACACAGAAUUCAGGGAAUUGAUGACUGGCUUUCAAAGCAUGGGAUCCAAGGAGAUGGAUGUGUUCCAGGAGCCUCUGCUGGGUGAUGUCCCCACAUUUGUGGAUUGGAGAGAUCAUGGCUAUGUGACUCCUGUGAGAAACCAGGGUCAAUGUGGUGCUUGUUGGGCAUUUAGUGCCGUUGGUUCCCUAGAAGGACAGAUGUUCCGGAAAACAGGCAGACUGGUUUCUCUGAGUGAACAGAACCUAGUGGACUGCUCCUGGUCGUAUGGGAACAGUGGCUGUGACGGUGGCUUGAUGGAGUACGCCUUCCAGUAUGUGAAGGACAAUGGGGGCUUGGACACCAGGGACUCCUAUCCCUACGAAGCACGGAAUGGAACCUGCAGGUACAAUCCUAAAAAUUCUGCUGCUAAAGUCAUGGGCUUUGUGAAGAUCCCACCAAGUGAAUAUGUCCUCAUGAAGGCUGUGGCCACCGUGGGGCCCGUCUCCGUCGGGAUUGACACCAAACACCACUCCUUCCAGUUCUACAGGGGUGCUACCAAACAGCAAGCUUUGAAGCAGACAGACCAGGCAGUGGGAGAACAGCCAGCCAAUGGGAGCACAGCCAGCGGGAACACAGCCAGCGGGAGCACAGCCAGGCAGCGGGAGCACAGCCAGGCAGCGGGAGCACAGCCAGCCAGUGGGAGCACAGCCAGCGGGAGCACAGCCAGCAGGAGCACAGCCAGGCAGCGGGAGCACAGCCAGUGGAUGCACAGCCAGCCAGCAGGAGCACAGCCAGCGGAGCGCAUAGCCAGCCAGCGGGAGCACAGCCAGCAGGAGCAUAGCCAGACAGCGGGAGCACAGCCAGCGGGAGCACAGCCAGCCAGCAGGAGCACAGCCAGCGGGAGCACAGACAGCCAGCGGGAGCACAGCCAGCCAGCAGGAGCACAGCCAGCGGGAGCACAAGCUGAUCAGGAGGAGCAAGAGGGUCCUGAUUGGAGAGGACUGGGAGGAGGGCGCUCUUGCUGCAUCCUGCUCUUGAGCUUAACUGGAUAUGACGAGGAAAGUGCACAGUGGGACUGGAGUCUGAUGUGA